GCCCCGUGAGGAGCAAUGGCCGGGGUGGCGCCGCCGCUCUGCACCUGGCUCGUCGCCGCAUGCCUGUCGGCGGCCUGCGGCGACGGCGAGAAGGAGAAGCUGCGCAGGCACGGCGCCGCCGGCGGGCUGUUCAGCGCGCGCCGCCGCCCCGGCGCGCGGUGCCGUGGCAGGGGCCGGUCUGGAAUACCCAUGGCUGUAGCUUUGCAUCCUGAAAUGGGAGCUGUGGAAAGCAAGAAGCCUGAUAUUAAACAACGGAGAGUGGUCGUCACUGGCAUGGGUGUCGUGACACCGUUAGGCCAUGAUCCUGAUGAGUUUUACAACAACCUUCUACAGGGUGUUAGUGGAAUAAGUGAGAUAGAAGCAUUUGACUGCUCCAAUUACCCGACGAGAAUUGCAGGAGAAAUCAAAUCUUUUUCAACGGACGGCUGGGUAGCACCAAAAUUAGCUAAGAGAAUGGACAAGUUCAUGCUAUAUUUGAUAACUGCUGGGAAGAAAGCAUUGGAAAACGGUGGAAUCACCGAAGAAAUCAUGAACGAGUUGGAUAAAUCAAGAUGUGGAGUUCUUAUUGGAUCUGCUAUGGGUGGCAUGAAGGUUUUUAGUGAUGCAAUUGAAGCAUUGAGGAUAUCAUACAAGAAGAUGAACCCGUUCUGUGUACCUUUUGCUACUACAAACAUGGGUUCUGCAAUCCUUGCGAUGGAUCUGGGGUGGAUGGGCCCGAACUAUUCUAUCUCUACUGCUUGCGCCACCAGUAACUUCUGCAUACUAAAUGCAGCUAAUCACAUCAGAAGAGGGGAAACUGAUGUUAUGCUCUGUGGUGGUUCUGAUGCACCAAUUAUCCCAAUUGGAUUGGGAGGUUUUGUGGCGUGCAGAGCUCUUUCACAGAGGAAUAGUGAUCCAGCAAAAGCUUCUCGGCCUUGGGAUGUGGAUCGUGAUGGAUUUGUCAUGGGAGAAGGGGCUGGUGUGCUGCUUCUGGAAGAACUCGAGCAUGCAAAGCAAAGGGGUGCAGAAAUAUAUGCUGAGUUUCUUGGAGGAAGCUUCACGUGUGAUGCAUACCACAUGACAGAGCCACAUCCUGAAGGUAGAGGGGUUAUCCUUUGUAUUGAAAAUGCACUAGCAGAUGCUGGAGUAGCAAAGGAAGACAUUAAUUAUGUAAAUGCUCACGCAACAUCGACACAGAUGGGUGAUUUGAAGGAAUUUGAAGCUCUCAACCGCUGUUUUGGUCAUAAUCCGCAGCUUAGAGUAAACUCAACAAAAUCAAUGACGGGCCACUUGCUAGGAGCUGCGGGUGGAAUAGAAGCUGUGGCUGCUGUACAAGCUAUAAGGACUGGCUGGGUCCACCCAAAUAUCAAUUUAGACAACCCAGAGAAAAAUGUGGAUGUCAACAUUUUAGUGGGAUCAGAAAAGGAGAGAUGUGAUGUAAAGGUGGCGUUGUCGAACUCAUUCGGAUUCGGUGGGCAUAACUCAUCGGUUUUGUUUGCACCCUUCAAGUGACCUCAGCUGAUGAUUUGGUAGGCUAUAUGGUCCGAUUGCAUCAUGGGGACUUUGUGUAAGAAGAUUACUAGACUGAAUAACAUUCCUGAGUUGCAAACUACAAAACAGAAAAGAAAAAUCCAGGCUUAGUAGAAUUACGCUGCCAUACAACGGAGCAAGAACAAAGAAAGCAGUUGGGUUCAUUUGUAUCGGAAAGCUUGCAAGAAUCCCAAGAUAAAAGGGUGUCCGUCCGAAAAGUUGUUUCAUUUCAAAUGUGUUGCAUGUGCCAUGUUGCCAAUCUCAUUUUGUUUCAGAUGUGUAAUUGAAUUUCUCGUCUAUAGAAACUUUAUUGGGGCCGUUUUUUUUUUUUGGUCUCGCCGUUUGCCCGACAGAUACUUUUUAUAGUGCUUUUUUUUUUUCCUUACUGCCGAUAAAUA